CCGCGCGCGCGGAAGGGGCGUGGCCGCGGCGCCGCUUCCGUGCUGGCGGCGAAGCGGAGGAGCGGCAAGAUGGCGGCGGCGGCGGUGCUGGAGCUGCAGCGCGCGCAGUCCCUGCUCUCCACCGACCGCGAGGCCUCCAUCGGUAUCCUGCACUCCAUCGUGAAACGUGAUGUCCAGGAAAACGAUGAGGAAGCAGUGCAAGUCAAAGAGCAGAGCAUCCUGGAGCUGGGGUCACUGCUGGCCAAGACUGGGCAGGCAGAAGAGCUGGGAGGACUCCUGAAGUAUGUGAGGCCCUUCCUGAACUCCAUCAGCAAGGCCAAGGCUGCGCGUCUGGUGCGCUCCCUGCUCGACCUCUUCCUGGACAUGGAGGCAGCCACAGGACAGGAGGUUGACCUGUGUUUAGAGUGUAUUGAAUGGGCCAAAUCAGAGAAAAGGACUUUCCUACGCCAGGCUCUGGAGGCGAGGCUGGUCUCUCUCUACUUUGACACCAAGAGGUACCAGGAAGCUCUGCAGCUAGGCUCCCAGCUGCUUAGGGAGUUGAAGAAGAUGGAUGACAAGGCACUGCUGGUGGAAGUGCAGCUCCUAGAGAGCAAGACUUACCAUGCCCUGAGCAAUCUGCCAAAAGCAAGAGCAGCCUUAACCUCGGCCCGGACUACAGCCAAUGCCAUCUACUGUCCCCCCAAGCUGCAGGCAGCACUGGACAUGCAGUCAGGUAUUAUCCAUGCAGCAGAAGAGAAGGACUGGAAAACAGCCUAUUCAUAUUUUUAUGAGGCAUUUGAGGGCAAUGAUUCAAUUGACAACCCCAAAGCCAUCACUGCUCUGAAAUACAUGCUGCUGUGCAAAAUCAUGCUCAACAGCCCAGAAGAUGUGCAAGCAUUAGUGAGUGGGAAGCUUGCUCUGCGGUAUGCAGGAAGACAGACAGAAGCACUAAAAUGCGUGGCACAGGCCAGCAAGAACCGGUCGCUGGCAGAUUUUGAAAAGGCUCUGACAGACUACAAGGUGGAGCUCAGGGACGACCCCAUCAUAAACACUCACCUGGCCAAGCUCUAUGAUAAUUUAUUGGAACAGAACCUGAUCAGAGUCAUUGAACCCUUCUCGAGAGUACAGAUUGAACACAUAUCCAGCCUCAUCAAGCUCUCAAAGGCUGAGGUAGAAAGGAAACUGUCACAGAUGAUCUUGGACAAGAAGUUUCAUGGAAUCCUUGACCAGGGCGAGGGUGUCCUGAUCAUCUUCGAUGAACCCCCCGUAGACAAAACUUACGAGGCCGCCCUCGAGACGAUUCAGAACAUGAGCAAAGUAGUGGAUUCGCUCUACAACAAAGCCAAGAAGUUGACAUAGAGUUGAAUUUGCUAGCUGUCAUUUGGAGAGUGUGUGUGACAGGAGAGUGAAACCUUUGGGAAAAUGUUAGGAGACUUUUUUUUUUCUUCUUUGUUCUACUUUUCGCUCGGAAAGUUUUUAAACUUCCUCAUCCGGUGCAUCUUGUAUUCCAGACGAUGCGUGUUCCAGUUUCCAUGUAAUCUUUACUGGCCGAACUUUGUAUCUGGGGGGGGAAUAUUGUUUAAACAAAGAGGGUAUUCUAAAUAAAAGGAAAAAGGCUUACACUACCUAAA